CAGCCAAUGAAAGCAUUUUACGACAGAGAACAGUUGGGAUAUAAAAAGAAGGAGUCCCUGAGCCUAGUACAUGAUGUGUGCUCGCCUAGCCCUCCCCUAUAAAGACCUACACCAGGCAGCUGUCCUCUUAGUGGUCACCACCAGCAGCACCACCACCAGCAGCAGCAGCAGCACCAGUCGCCGUCCGCUAUGCUGGCUCAGCGGUACCCUGUGCUCUUCUGUAUACUGCUCCUGUCUGUGGAGUUCUCCAGGACAUCGGGGGGGACGGAGGCGGUGAUGGAGAAGAGCUCCGUGCAGGUGGUGGAGAGUUCCCAGGCAGAGAGUGAAGAGCACGACUGUCCGGUGUGUAUGUGGAGGAAACACAGCAAGGAGAUGAGGCUGGAGAGCAUCAAAUCUCAGAUCCUCAGCAAACUCCGGCUAAAGGAAGCCCCCAAUAUCACCCGGGAGGUGGUCAACCAGCUGCUGCCAAAGGCACCCCCUCUACAGCAGAUCCUGGACCAGCAUGAGUUCCAGGGGGACUCCUUCCAGCACCAUGCUUUCGUGGAAGAGGAUGAGUAUCAUGCCACCACGGAGACUGUCAUCAGCAUGGCACAGGAGACGGACCCAGCGGUGAGACUGGAUGGGAGCCCUAUCUGCUGCUACUUUAACUUCAGUCCAAAAAUCAUGUUCACCAAGGUAGUAAAAGCUCAGCUGUGGGUAUAUCUGCGACCUGUGCAGCACACCUCCACCGUCUACCUUCAAAUUUUGCGUCUCAAGCCUGUAACAGAUGAAGGCAGUAAGCACAUCCGAAUUAGAUCUCUAAAGAUUGAUUUGCACUCACGCACAGGCCAUUGGCAAAGCAUCGAUUUCAAGCAUGUACUGCAGAACUGGUUCAAACAACCACACAACAAUUGGGGCAUUGAAAUCAAUGCCUUUGACCCAAAUGGAAAUGACCUUGCUGUCACCUCUCUUGGUCCUGGAGCAGAAGGACUGCACCCGUUUAUAGAGCUGCGUGUGAUGGAGAACAACAAGCGAUCAAGGAGAAAUCUGGGCCUUGACUGUGAUGAACACUCCACUGAGUCACGCUGCUGUCGAUAUCCACUAACUGUGGACUUUGAGGCCUUUGGAUGGGACUGGAUUAUUGCUCCAAAACGAUACAAAGCCAACUACUGUUCUGGCCAGUGCGAGUACAUGUUCAUGCAAAAAUAUCCCCAUACUCAUCUUGUUCAACAAGCAAAUCCACGGGGAUCUGCUGGCCCUUGCUGUACCCCAACCAAAAUGUCACCCAUUAACAUGUUGUAUUUUAAUGACAAGCAAAAAAUAAUUUAUGGCAAGAUACCAGGAAUGGUUGUAGACCGCUGUGGGUGCUCCUAAGACUUUGGUUCUCUUUCUUCUACCUACUUAUCUUCAACUUCUUUCUUUCUCUCAAGGGUACAAGCAGACCGAAAUUUGGUAUUGGGGAUAGUGCAGUACUUGUGCUAUCAUUCCCUUUUUCAAAACCUAGUUAAAAAGCUAGAGAUAUGACACUUUUAUAUGUCCAAAUUCUGCAUUUAGUUAAGCUCUUGCAAUGACCGCCAAUGUCUUUAGACAUGGGCAAUAUGACAGCACAUAUUUUUGGGUCCAUACUUAUGUAAUAUCUCAUAAAACAAGUAUAGUGGCAGCUCAUAUCAUUAUGUAUCAUAUUGCACUAGAUAUCAGAAACCUGCCAACAGUAAGGCAGUUUGCAGUCAAAGAUAAUCUAUUUUUACUGGAAUCAGCUGCAAAUAUAAAAGGUUUGAAGGGGAUAUAUUCAUUUCUAAGGUUUUACUGCAUCAUUAAAAUGCUUGCAAGUUGUUGGUUGCAAACUGGGGCCAAAAAAAAAUCUGUUUUGCACUUGACAGCUGCUUGUAAUUGUAAGUGACUUCCUUUGUUUUCUUAAGUACAUAGCAUGGAUUGCUUUGUGCUUUAUGUUUCACUGCCUCUUCCAUAACUGCUCUAUACUUCUCUAAUCACUGGAAAUUCCCUCUUGCCUAUUUAGCAACUCUUCCUUUAAAGGAAAGACUCCAGAAUAUAUGCUCUGGGGGUUGUUGCCUGUAUCAACUGCUCUGUGCAAUAGAAAAUGCAAAGCAUAGACUAAAUAAAAGGCCCCUUGAAUUAUCUUUGUUGGCUAAUCAUACAGCUUGUUUGUCCUUACCAUUGAAUCUAAGUCAUAUGCUUUACAUAGCAUAUGAAAAGCUUGUUCGCCAAUGGCAAAUGCCAUUGGUCCACCCUUAGUUAGAGUAAGCCUAAGACUUGAAAAUGAUUUACUGUUGGUACUCUGUCAAACAAAAAGCUUAGCGCUUGGCCUGGAUUUUCUUCCUCUAGCAGUGCAGUGAGUAUGAAACCACAAGGUAGUCUGGAUUAUCUUGGUGUUAAUGCUUCUCAGGGAUUGGCCUAACAUCAGAUGUGAGUGUUGUUCCUUGUUAUUUAUCUUUCCCUUUUUUAAGUUAUCGUUGGAUAAAACACUUUUCUGAAAUCCAGAGAUUGCCAACACAUCUUAUGUUCCAGUAAAAUUUCAAGUAGGCAUCAUACAUGUGCCAACAUAUUUUAAUUUCAUUGCACUCUGAUUAAUAUUAUCAGUAUUAUUAAAACUAUUGACAAUAUCGGCCAUAGACAAUAGCUGCUGUUAAAACAGUGACUAUUAGUUGUUGCUGUCAAAUUAUAUUGUAUUCCAUUAAAUCAAUGAUAUCCUUUCUUGUCCAGCAUAUGCACAUUAGAUAGAUGCUGCACUACAUUUUUAGCAAAAAAACAAGGUCCAGGUUCGGAAAUAUAAUAGCUUUAAUUCAUUGAUACAUUCCUGUUUGGUCGAUGAUAGCAUAGAAAUAGUCACUGUUGAACUGAAUCAUUUGACAGCAAUGACAUUAAUAGUUAAGGAUAGGCUAGUGCUUGCAGGCCUUAUUUGUGGUACAAUAUCAAGCCCAUCACAAUUAUUUUCUUAGUGAUACUUGGAAAACAUUGAUUUACCACGAGAAAUACAUUAAACAUGUACUCGUAUGCCUUAAGUAUAGGUACUUUACACAUUUGCAGACAAUUCAUUAGAAAUAAUAAGUUCAGAGGAACAAAUUCACAGCAAAUCUUAGAGCAAUAACAUUUCAGAUAUUAGUACAUGUAUGGGAUGACAGUGUGAGCAGAAGGGACAUUAUCGUGUUUCAUAUUUCAUUAAUAUAGGGAAGAAAAUCAUGGACUUUUGGUUUUGGCCUAUUGCUAUUGGAGAGAUCUGCUAUGGAUUUUUCUUAAGCAAAAGAGGUUCAAGAGAUCCCUCUUGAUAGUUGAGGGAUCAAUGGCACCAUUUGCACUAUAGGAGGUCUUCGGACCAGUGGAAGAAGAGAUGCCAUUUAUUGUUCCUGUUUAGUCUCCAACAGGCAUCAGACUUGAAGGGACAGGUUGUCCAGAUGCUGUACAUUCUGUCUAGGAGGCACUGCACUGUAAGCAACCACAUGCAUCAGAGCUGUACACCCAGGACUACUAGAGGCCCUUCCAAGCUGGAACUAUAUGUGUAUGUUUACCUGUGUGAGUGGGAGCAGAUUGUAGCAGGUGUAUUUAGACUUGAGGAGAAAGGGGUUGCUUUGUGCAUAGUAAUGUCUAAUUUGACAAUAUCCUUAUACCAAAUGCCAAUUAAGCCCUAUGUUGCUGUGCAAGCCUCAACAAACAUUAAUGGAGUAUAUCUGUCAGAAACUUGACUUGAUUGUGUAUAAUCACUGAACAGCUAUUUGCAGCUUCAAGCUUUGAGCUUCACUGUAACCAUUAUUGCUAUCAUUACAUGAUGCUCUUAUAGCUACUUGCAAAAUCAUACACCAUUUACUGCACUUGCAUUGGGCAGCUGGAUACCAGAUGGAUUGUCUGCCAGCUCUUUCAAAAAAGAAGAUACACGUUGGAAAUUUCUUUUUUGUUGACCUAUCCAAAUAGGAGCUUAUUAGCUGGACAUUAGAACUUUUGCCUUAUCAAUGUGUGUGAAUUUAUGUGCAACUUUAUGACAUGUAUAUCUCCCUUACAGGAUUGUUUAUGAGAGCUGGUGUGAUUUGUUCUUAUAUAAAGCUUUUGUGUUUAAUUGGAUGGAAUGUAUAUGAGUGUUGUUGGUCCUUCUUCUUUUGGAGCUCAUCCAUAAAUUGGAGGAAAUUUGGUACUGUGAAAUUCUAUUGUUGCAAACAUAAAUACAAUAAUCAUAAACUGUUCCAUUUGUAUGUACAAUUUGAUCUGCAUUAUUUAAAAUAUAAGCUAUCGCAGGCACUGUGUGAUCUCCGAUCCUUGUCUCUCCAGAUAUGCAGAAAUGGUCCAUGAAAAUGCAAAAAGUUUUUUUUUUUGUUGUUGUUUUUUUUAAAGAGGUAAAGUAUUUAAACCUACAGUAUUUGCAGUCAAAUGAACCAAAUAACUGAAUGUACAAUUAAUACAUCACUUUAAUAAUAUGUUUGCAUAAUAAUCAAAAACUAUAUCGAGAAGUGCAUUGUUUCCCAAGUCAUCCUCUGCUCGAUUAUAAGUAUAUCUAAAGCCAACUGUCACUGUUCCUUAAAGUGGGGGAACAUCUUAAUUUUUUUUGUUCACCAGAACAAAAAUAAAGGGAAAAUCAUUCAAUAGUGAAACCCGUUUUUUAGUAACAACUGUCUAAAUGGGCAUUUUUCUGACAUUAGAGAUAUUUUUUUUUCUAACUUAUCUACAGGACAGGACAUAAAGCAAAUUCUGCCCAAUGGGGCAGAGCUUGCAAAAAUAAAACAGCCUGUCAGGGCUUUUAACCAAAAUAAUAAAAAAAAAAAGUUUUGGCUUUGGAUAUAUUUUAAUGGUACUUGUUCUCUAGAUCUCCUUGAUACCAUAAGUGAAACUUUUAUAAUGUAUUUAAACACUUGCUUUCCUUCCUUAAAAUAUGGAAGGCAUGAAUUGUUGGAAGACUCUGAGGGCAACAUUUGGAAGAUUAUUAAAUAACUAUUAAUGUCUGAUAUAUUGUACAAUUUCAGCAGCAGUCAGCUGAUACCCUGCAGUUACUUGGUUCCUUCCAUAGUAUUAAUUCCCCAGCAUGAUCUCAAUGUUUGACUUAUAUGUGUAUACGUUGUGUAAUAUCCUACCAGAUUCCUGAGGACUGCCAAUAGAAAAGGCGCCAUCCUCUGUUGCAGAAGUGACACGUUAAGCGUGCAUUGUGUAAAUGGAACUGAAUACAAGGUAGACUGUUGAAUAACUUUGCAUGUUCAUGUUGAACUACCAGCCUGCAUUUCUCUUUGGAUUUAACAAUCCGAAAUCUAAACUGACAACUUCUAACAAAGACAGUUCUUUCAAAAAGCCUAACCGAUUAUAUUUUAUCUGUUGGAAGUUGGCUUUUAAUCAUUUUUAUAAACUUUAUACUUUAACCCAGAUUUCAAAAAAUUGAGCCAUGCAGUGGCUUAUAGGAGUAUUUUAAAGGAGCAAUCAAUAUCAAUUCAUAGUAAACUGAAAUAUACUAUACCUUCCCAACUAGGGUGAUUAGAUUCACCUCUGUUCUAAGGGGGGAUUGUGAACAGUACUGUAAUGGGUGACUUUUUCAACCGUUUCCAUAAUAAAUGGCUGAACAAGUUAAACUCUUGUGGUUAAAAAAAAAAAUGGAACAGACUUGAUAUUAGUCUUUUGAUUAUCCCUUGCACACAGCCUGAUGUAGCAAGAUUCAACAAUGUGAGCCAAUUUGGCUCUAUUGUAUUGCAUAGAACUGUCACUUUAACAUGUUUUCACUCAGUGGAGGGGAAUGAGCUUAGGUAGCUUUGACGAGGGCAAGACACAGGGUUGACCAGAUCAUUGCAAUGGUGCUCCUUCAUUGUCCAAUCAGCUGGCUGAGGAUAUGGAGGAAAACAAGUCUUGACUGAUUAUAUGUAAUGGACAAAUGAGGUCCCCUGUCCAUGCCACAUUGCAAAGGUUUGUGAAUCACAAGGCUGGCUAUAUCCAUUUACCCAAACUUUAUAUUGAAAUGUUGGCUUUUUUUUUUUUUUUAGCUAUAAUCUCUUAUAUGCUCUGGAAUCAUUUAUGCCUUUAACAUUUUCAACCGUUAAAUUUGGCAUAUCAGUAUUUGAAAUGAAGGGUGCAAUUUCCUUUAGCAGUCCAAAUUAUUUUAUAAAUGUUUUGGUAAUAUAUAUGAUUACAAUUGCUAGACUUGCUGUAUUUUUAUUGGUAGGGGACAAUUCAGUCAUAAAGCUCCUCAUGCUGUGUAUAAAUGGUGUUGCUCUAAUUUGUUUUUGUGCUUAUUAUUGUAAAUUUCCUAGCACCAGCUCCUCCAUUUUUAUAGACUUUGUUUUGUACAAUAAAGUGCAUUAAUGUAGCCUAAA